CCAAUCAGAGCAGCAGUCCGGCGCCGCUCUCCGUGUGGCAGCGGUCAAGCCGUCAACGGAGAAGCGCUCACAAACACUCAUACACUCAUACUCACACACACACACACACACACACAUACUCACUCAUACACACACGCGCGCGCGUCUUCAGCCAUGCAGGCGGGCGAAGACGCGGAGGUCCCCGCACUGAACGACCUGAACAACAACAGCAGCGGGAAACACCGGAGCGGCGCACAGGGCAGGGAUGGCUUUAGGAACCAGCAGAAGGACUCAGAGGGCUCCAUGGAAUCCCCCAACCUUGAGUUUGAAUACGGAGACACAGAUAGCCUGACAGCAGAGCUUUCAGAACUGUACAGUUACACAGAGGAGCCGGAGUUCAGUCUGAACAGAGACUACUUUGAAGAAGACUUCAGGAGUCACGUGAAGGGCAGGAGAUGGGUGGACCUGAAUGUUGAUGAGCAGAGGGCGUAUGUCAUGAGGCUGCUGGACGCUCUGGAGGUCACAGACAGAGAAAAGAGACUCAAAGUGGCUCGCGCUAUUCUCUACCUGGCUCAGGGUGUAUUUGAUGAGUGUGAUUUAGAAGCAGACGUCCUCCACUGGUCUCGCCACAAUGUCUUCCUGCUCUAUGAUAUGGGCAUCUUCACAGCUCUGCUGGAGCUCCUCAGCAUGGAGAUCGAUAAUAACCAGGCAUGUAGCAGCGCUGUCAGGAAACCUGCCAUAUCGCUGGCAGACAGCACAGAACUCAGGGUUUUGUUGAGCAUCAUGUAUCUGAUGGUGGAGACGAUCCGUGUGGAAAUGGAAGAUGAUAAGCCUGAGUGGCGGACGGCCCGAGAGGCCUUCAAAACCGAGCUGGGUUCUCCACUCUACAACGGAGAACCCUUCGCCCUGCUGCUCUUCACCAUGGUCACCAAGUUCUGCAGCAUGAGCGCCCCCCAUUUCCCCAUGAAGAAAGUGCUGCUGCUGCUGUGGAAGACUGUGCUGUUCACCCUGGGAGGUUUUGAAGAGCUGCAGCAGAUGAAGGUUCGGGGCAGAGAGAAGCUGAAGCUGCCCCCUCUCCCAGAGGACAGUAUAAAGGUGGUCCGAAGCAUGAGGGCCGCUUCACCUCCAGCCUCCGCCAUGGAGCUCAUCGAACAGCAGCAGCAGCAGAAGAGAGGACGCCGGAGCCGCAGGAGUGCCUUUGUUGAUAGCUUGGAAGGAGACAGUCCCUUUGCCAAGAAGCAGCCUCUGGUCAAGCAGGACAGCCUGGACACCUAUAACGAGCGCGACCCCUUUAAGAACGAUGACGCUCGGGAUGAGGAAGAUGACGGUGAGGACGUGGACAGCGGCAUCGAGGGCGAGGUGGACCCCCUGGACCGUGAUGUCAUUAUCCAGCCACCUCCCCCUCCACCCCCACUGCGGCCCCCUACUGACAGAGUGUCCUUUCCUAAAGGGCUGCCGUGGGCUCCUAAAGUCAGAGAGAAAGACAUUGAGCAUUUUCUGGAGACCAGCAGGAACAAGUUCAUUGGUUUUACCCUGGGCAAUGAUACAGAAACCCUGGUUGGGCUACCUAGACCAAUCCACGAGAGUGUGAAGACUCUAAAACAGCACAAGUACGUCUCCAUCGCUGAGGUUCAGAUCAAACGAGAGGAGGAGCUGCAGCAGUGCCCUAUGACCAUGGGAGAUGAAGAAGUGGAAGAGACCCCUGCAGAAAUCUUAUAUGUGGGGAUGCUCCCUAGUCUUUCUCAGUAUGUGAUUGCACUUUUAAAGCUUCUUCUGGCUGCAGCUCCGACCUCCAAGGCCAAGACUGACUCCAUCAACAUCCUUGCUGAUGUUCUUCCUGAGGACAUGCCGAUCACAGUUCUCCAGAGCAUGAAGCUGGGCAUUGAUGUGAACAGACACAAGGAGAUAAUAGUGAAGGCCAUCUCGGCUCUGCUGCUGCUGCUGCUCAAGCAUUUCAAACUCAACCAUAUCUACCAGUUUGAGUAUGUGUCACAGCAUCUGGUGUUUGCCAACUGCAUCCCCCUCAUCCUCAAGUUCUUCAACCAGAACAUCAUGUCCUAUAUUAGUGCCAAAAACAGUAUCUGUGUGCUGGAUUUCCCUCACUGUGUGGUCCAUGAGAUGCCUGAGCUAACUGCUGAAAGCCUGGAAGCUGGAGACAAUAAUCAGUUCUGUUGGCGGAAUCUGUUCUCCUGCAUCAACCUUCUGCGAAUUCUCAACAAACUCACUAAAUGGAAGCACUCCAGAACUAUGAUGCUGGUGGUGUUUAAGUCUGCACCUAUCCUGAAGAGGGCACUGAAAGUCAAGCAGGCCAUGAUGCAGCUCUAUGUUCUCAAACUCCUCAAGAUUCAGACCAAGUACCUCGGCCGCCAGUGGAGGAAGAGCAACAUGAAGACCAUGUCGGCCAUCUACCAGAAGGUCCGCCAUCGGCUUAAUGAUGACUGGGCCUACGGAAACGAUAUCGAUGCUCGGCCGUGGGAUUUCCAGGCGGAGGAGUGUGCCCUGCGGGAGAGCAUCGAGAAGUUUAACACACGGCGCUACGACAAGAACCAGAACAGCGAGUUUGCACCGGUGGAUAACUGCCUGCAGAGCGUGCUGGGUCAGCGGGUGGAGCUGCCCGAGGACUUCCACUACAGCUAUGAGAUGUGGCUGGAGAGAGAGGUGUUCUCACAGCCCAUCCAGUGGGAGGGUCUGCUCGAGGCCCAGUGAUGCUGCCGCUGGGGGAAAAGGACGUUUUAACCCAAAAUAGACUUAAACUUAAACAACACACUGUGGGCUCAUGAGCAUCCCACCUGCACACAAACACACACACACACACACAAGCAUGCAGACAGAGCACCUGUGCCACCUGUAUUCUUCCUGUAAAUGAAUGCUUGUAAAUAGAGAUAUGUUCAAAUACAGUGUAUGGGCUUUACAUGGUAACCUAUUUUACUGGUAAUUGAUGAUUGAUUAAUAAGAGCACAUGAGAAUGGGCAUGAUGCAUUCUGCACAAAAAAGAAAAACAAUCCAUACAGUAUUCUUAAAACGUUAGAGACCACCCUUCUUUUCUUUCCCUUACACAGUAGGUUACACAAUUUUUUUACACACGUUAUUUUCAAGGCUUUUUUUUUACCUCCAGUUUACCCAAAGAUCAAUUUUAUAGGCUGUUCCAGAGCAAUAUGCAACGUUUUUUAGUGUUGCUGCGGUGGACCAAUCUAGUCGUAGGAUUCUUGCCCAUUGACUUUUAUUGAUGUAGAGCAGUGUAGUCACCCAGACUGGGAAUUGAACCCCAGUCUUCCUUAUGAUGUGGUAGCUCACUGGCAGGUAGUGGUGUUAUCCACUGUGGUGUUAUCCACUGCACCUCACCAACCAAGUAUUUCUAAACACCUGUUUAUAUAUCAUAUCUGAAACCCACAUAAAAAAAACUAUGUUUAAUAUUUGUUUUGACUGAAAAUUAAAAAAACGAAGGGUGGUCUCUGACUUUGACAUUGUACUGUAUGUCCUAUUAACACUUCUAUUGUUCAUGAUCAUACGAGAAACAUACGCUGCCUGUUCACAGUUUGGGACACUGCCUUCUUUAAAAUGCUUAUUUAAAACAUUAUGGAAAAUGCUUUAAAAAUCCUUUUAUUUCAUUGCAGACAACCUGUGAAUGCAUGAUGUUUUUUUUUAAUCUGAUUAAAUUAAAUUCGUUUUUUUUUUUAAAACAUCCAUUCCUGUAAAAAACCCCAUAUGCAAUUUCAAUUCUGCACUCAGAGGCAACCUGGAUAGACCGUCACACACUGUAAAUGUGUGUUGUGUCAAGACAAAUCUGUAUUUUUUUAAGAAAUGGGUGCUUCUGACUGUUAUCAGCAACAAAUCCAUAAGUCAGUGUCUGUUAUGGUAUGGGGUUGUGUCCUUACACUUCUGUGAUGCAGUAUUUAAACAGAAAAUUCCUUUAGAAUUAAUUUUUUUCCGGCAUGUCCAGUACAAAGCCACAUGCUGCACACAUUAUAAAGACAUGGCUACAGAGGACAAGUGUAUAGGUAAUGCACUGGCCUGCCUGCCUGCCCUGUUGACCUGUCCGAUCUACACUUUUGACAUUUAAUUUUGCACAUCUUAGCUGGAAGAACGGGACAAAAUAACACCUGAAACACUUAAACGCUUAGUAUUCCAGUCCCACAAUUUCUAAUGAUGUUGUGAAAAGAAAUGGCCAUUUUGUGAUGUGUUGCAGGCCUGAAAUACAGGAAUGGAUGACUAUUUAUACAGCCCUGGAAAAAAAUAAGAGACCACUUGAAAAGUUAGGUUUUUUUUUUAUUUUACUAAAUUGAAAACCUCUGAAAUAUAAUCAAAAGAGAGAUGCAUGAUCACAAACCAUCAAAUCAAGCACCAGGAGUGGCAUGAAGUUAUCCAAAAGCAGUGUGUAAGACUGGAGAAGGAGAACAUGCCAAAAUGCAUGAAAAGUGUGAUUAAAAACCAGGUUUAUUCCACCAAAUAUUGAUUUCUAAACUCUUAAAACUUUGCAUUAUUUGAGGUCUGAAAGCUCUGCCUCUUUUUUGCCAUUUCAUUUUCAUGUUAAUUUUUUUCCCGGAGCUGUAAAUGAAAUGAAGUUGACUAGGUAAAACAAAACAUAAAAUACAUUUGGUUUAUACUGUUUGCAUUACAAUAAAGGUCGAGGUAAAUAUAAGAAACACUGUGUCUAACAGGGUAACAGGCUGCAUUUUCCAUACUGUGCAAAAUGUAUUUUUGGGUUUAACAUUCACAUUAAUGCUCAACAAAGCAGCUUUCUUGGUUUCUAGAGUAAAUUAUAAAUAGUGAAUAAUCAUAUGUGGAAUAAUACUGUUACAGACAUUAAAAAACGUUAUAUUUACUUAGACAGUUUAUGCUUAUUUAUAUUACAAACACUGUGAAGAGACAAAAGAUGGCUGUCCCCAGAUGUUUGACAGGCAGUGUAUCUUUCAUGUCCUCACUGACGGAUAAGAACCUUGUAUCUUCAGUUUUGUCAUAUUUCCUCUUUUUGGCAUAAUAUGAAUCUGUUGUUAGUUGUUCUUUAAAUUGUAUUGCGUUUUCAGCAAAAUGGCUUCAAUUUUUAAAAUCUUCUUACAUUGAACUCCUUUUCUUUUUUAUGUGAAGAUACACCGUUCUUUUUUUUUUAGAUUCAAGGUUUUUGUCUAAUAGCGUUGAUAUGUUUGUAUUGUACAGAAAUGCACACUCAGAUACUCUAUAAGUAUUAUAAGUGAGUUCUAUUGAAAAGAGUGAAGGGAUUUAUUUAUUUAUCUUGAUCUCUCUCAGUCUGGAACUGCUGGUAGAACCUUUAUUUUUGAUGCAGAUAAAAAUGGUUAAAUAGAGUGGUAAAAAAAAAGCAUGUCUGGACUUUGUGUCCCGUUUGUCGUGCUUGUCAUGUCCAUGCAGAAAUGGCAGCUAUAAGCGUAGCUCAGAUGUCCGCAGGACCGGCAGAACUGGUCUUUAAAGAUUCCUCUCAGAGAGCUGCUGUCUCUGGUUAAACGGACGAGGUCUGUGGUGGAAAUGUCCCUGAGAAAGCAGUUAACUCACGCUUCUCUCUGUCUCUCAGACGUCGAGCGCUUGCUCCCACUUUGAGCCCCCAAACAGCACACAAACACGCACACACACACAUUCAAACACACGCGCAAAAGUGUCCUUGGUGAAUAAGAUCACCCUCCUCACAGCUAACAGAGUUCUGACACAUUGGUGCUGAUUCUAACACGUUUUUUUUUUCUUUAUCUCUCUCACCCUGGUCUUGUCUCUCUCAAUCUCUCCUAUUCUCAUAUUCUCCUAUCUCUCUCUGUUGCUCUCACACUUUUUUUUCUCUCUUACUCUAUUGCUCUUUCCCCUCUCGCUCCUGGUCCCUCCUCUCGCUUUCAUUUUCUCUUACACCACCAGUCUUUCCCUCUCUGUCCCUCUUUUUCUCUCUCUUUGUCUUUCUCAGUCUCUCAGUCUUUCACUCUCUUGCUUCUGGGCUCUUCUCUCUCUUUCUCACACUCAUUUGAUUUUCCUCUUUUUCUCUUUCUCAAUCUAUAUUCCACUCUCUCACUUUCUGUCUCUUUCUCUCCCUCUCCCAUUCUCUGUUGCUCUCUCAUUCAUCUUCUUUAUCUCACUAUCGAACCUUUUCCCUCCAUGUUCAGGGUUUUAAUAAAGAAAUAAACUGAAGGUGCUUGUGUUUAAUAGCCUCCCAACCACACAGCUAACUGUAGACCCCCAAACGCCACGAUCAGCCCCUUUUAUAAGCACACUGAUUGACUGUACAGAGUGUUGGAGUAUAUGAGUGUUUAUUGGAGGUGAAUUGUGUGUGGAACUGAUGUGUUUGUAAGAAGCUGCAGAGAGAAGUAUUUCACCGGCUGCGGUUUUUAUUUCUCGGUUCUGUUCUGGUGUCUCUGUUUCAGAAUUAAAGUCACAUCUUAAGAUA